GUGGGCGGGGCUGGCCGGUGCGGCCAAUCAGGAGAGGGCUCGGUUUCCAUAGCAGUCUCUUGAAAAAAAUGUCACUGCCCUGGGUCGCAGGUGAGCAAGAGGCGGCUGAUUACCUGGGAGGAAGGCUUGGAGCCCAAUGGGGUUUCCUGCAGCGCAUGUGCAGCACGGGCUCAGGUGCAGAAGUGUGAUCUGGGAUACCAACUUCCAGGUCAUGUCAAACAACUGCUCCAGGCAGGGAGAAGGAAGUGAUGUCAUGAUUUCUUAAGGAGCCAGCCAACCAGCACUGCAAGCUGCAAAUAGGAAGAGAAGGCACCCUUCUGGGCUCACCCCGUGAGAAGAUUGCAUGCCCGAACAUAACCCCGUUCUGCAGCAUGUUUCAAGUGCCGCUGCCUUUGGAUCGGGACGGGACGCUCUUCCGGCUCCGUUUCACCACGCUGGCUGUCGGGACGGUGUGUUGCCCGUUGUUCGGGUUCCUCUUUUGUGUCAUUUGGUCUCUGUUCUUCCAUUUUGAUGAAGCCACCACCACCCACUGCGGCGUUUCCAACUACCUCCCUUCCAUCAGCGCUGCCAUUGGCGGGGCGACCCCUGAGCGCUACGUGUGGCGCUUCUGCAUCGGGGUGCACUCGGGCCCCCGCUUCCUGGUAGCCGUUGUCUACUGGAACCAUUACCGCAGCUGCCACUGCCCACGCCCCAGCUACCCACGGCUGUGCAACGUGGCCUUCGCACUGAACGUGUUGGAGAAUGUCGCCCUCCUUCUGUUGACCUACGUCUCCUCCUCAGAAAACUACUUUAUUCACGAGAACGCCUUCAUCCUCUUCAUUGCUGCCGCCGUCACUUACAUGUGCUUGACCUGCGUUUUGUGGCGGAUGACUAAGAAACACGCAGUAAGUCCAGAGGAGCGCAAGUCGUACAAGUGGAAACUGUGGCUCUUCCUCUUCAACCUGCUCACCUUUGCCGUGGCCGUCUGCUUCUACUUCCGACACAACUGGUACUGUGAGUCCGGAGUGUACACGGUCUUUGCCUUCCUGGAGUACUUGGUGGUUCUUUCCAACAUGGCGUUCCACAUGACGGCCUGGUGGGACUUUGGCAACAAGGAGCUGGUGGUCGGUUCCCAGCCAGAGGACAAGCGUUUCUAGCCGAGGCCUCGUCUGGGCUCCCAGCUGGCAGACUCGGACAGGACGGAAGCCUGCAGCAGACCGCAGAUCUUCCAGAGGGGCACCGGUGCACCCUCAGAGAGGAGCGUGAGCCACUGGCCGAAUCCAGACCUCCCACAACUAGACAUGCUGCAGCAAGAGGGACCGCGGCCGCUUCGAUUGGCUACUCGCCCAAAGGUGCUCCGGCCUCCUGCUCUUUGGAGAGACGGGGGUUGGGGGUGUCUUUGAUUUUAAGCAGAAAAAGGACUUCUUCACUGCCGAUUUUAAACCAGGAUGGGUGAGUUCACAGGGUAGGGGGGCUUGCUGGUGCCACCCCCACCCAGAUACUGCUGCUAUUGAACAAAUGACUCCUUCCUGGUCAGAUGGGGGCCAGGGACGACGGUGGCUGCUCUCCCCUGGGGGGCGAGGCAGUUUUGGGGAAGUGGUCCCAGUUGCUCAUCCCUGGAAUGGGGGGGAGGGGGUCUCCACUGCCAAGUGACCUCCUUCACCUCAGAGUGUUCUUCCAGCGCCCCCUCUCUGUCUAUCAUGCUGGCCGGCUAGAUGAUUGCCUGGCUGGGUGUAAAGGGCCCACCUGAAAGAGCCCUUGCUAAACGUUUGAGGUGUGGGGGGAGGGGGAGGUGCUGCAAAUGGAGUAGCUGCACUGCCCCCCUCCCCCCUUCCCCUCCAGCGUCUGGUCUGAGACUGGGGGGCUGUCAUCUGCAUUGCAGGACAGGAAACGAGUUCAAAGCGGCUUUCAUUCCUAGAUCUUUCCACCCUAAUCGCUCUGGGAAGGACCCGGAGCCGUGGGGGGAGGGGGGGGGAGACAGAGAAACAAACAUUUUAUACACUUUGCUCUGGAUGUCUGAGGCCUCAGCAAGCACUGCCAGAGGUGGCGCCAGCCUCUCACACUGACCCUGGGGUGAUUGGGCUGGGUAGGGAUGUACCCAGGGUCACACUCCUGUCUGCGGCAUUCACGCAUGCGCUCGCUGAAGGGAGCUGGCUCUCAUGCCAGGCCGCGAGGCGAAAGAGCACAAGUCCUUUGGGGGGCCGAAGAGGGGCUCCCUUCCCAAAGUCACCUGAGGCCCAUCCGGCAUUGGGCUCAGCAAGAGAGGUGAGGAGACCUGGGGUUUUGGAGUGGGGAGGGAAAGGAAGCAAGAAGGUGGUGCAGAAACGCUCUUGCUCUGAGAUUCAGGAAUCUUUCACGGGAACCUUUUCUCUGUUUUGCUUUCUCACCCCAGCCAAACACUCCCAACCUCACUGAAAUACUUUGUGUUCCCAAGUGCAACUCUGGUUCUCCUCCUACCCGAGUCCUGGUUCCUCCCUGGUGGGCGUGUCCCUGCUUCUCCAUAGGUGUGUGUGUGGGGGGGUGGGGGGGGACCUGUAUGGCCAAAUGCUUGUUUUAAUCGGAGCUUCUCCCCCAACCUGAAAUAAAGCACUGAGUAUUUUUUGUAAA